AUGUUGAAAUUCUUCAAUUCCAAGAAAGAUAACGCCUUGACCGCUGAGAUGAUCGCUCAGUUCCGUCGGGAGCGCAACAGCUUGAAAGGAUCGCAUGCGACUGCCGUGAGUUCUCAUUUCUCCUGAUGUUCCCGUUCAACUCAACAAAUCACAUUUUUUCAGGAGGCGAUGUGGAAUCUGACCAAAGAGACUAUCUACAUGAUCGCCAUGAAAACCGUCGGAAAGACUCUGAAGAUGAACAAAAAGGUUCUGUCCCGCGGAGUCUGCAAGUACGCGCCGGUUAGUUGCCACGUCAUAGCAAACAGACUGUCAGUCAUUCAAUUAUUCAGAACAGCACCACUGCUCGCCGUCUCGCCGCCUACCAGAAGGCCAAGCCGGCCUGCGACAACAUUGUCAUCAUGAUGGAGUUAAAAAGAACGCCGAGAAAGGCCGAAUCCAUGCUGACCAAGUGGGUCCAGGCGACGUUGGACAUGGAGGAAGAGAAGAAGAGAGCAAAGGAAUUGUCGGAGGCUGAGAAGUUGAUCGGGAAGGAGUCGCCGGAGGAGGCGGCUGAAAACGCGAAGGAAAUGGCGAAGACUCAGAAGUUGAUCGAAAUUAUACGCUCGAAGACUGAAAAGAUGGUCGCGAAGGAACUGGCGGAGGAAAUUGCUGAGAAUAUGAAUAUGGCGGAGACUCAGAUGUUGAUUGCAAACAUUUUGGCGGCGACUAAAAGGGGUUUUUCGGAAGAGACAAUCGCGAAAGCGAUCGAGAGUCUAGAGAUCGUCGAUCUUCCGGAUAUGGCUGAGGCUGACGACAAGGAGGAAGACGAUGAGGAGGAGACGAAGAGCGGAUCCGAGAUUCCCGACUUCCCGCGUGAGUAUUUCAUCUAA